UAAAACUUAUUAUAAUUGAUAACAGUAAUAAUAUUAAAUUAAUUGUCUUAAUAACUAAUGUUCUAAAGUGAUACAUAAAAGUAUCAUAAAUUAUUUCUAAAGUUACCGACGAGUGUAAAUUAGUUUUGUGAAUGAAAAAUUAGAUGAUUAUAAUUGGUUAAUAGACAGUAUAAACAAUGGGGAUUAAUUAUGCGACGAUAGUACACAGUGAAUUGAUUAUUUACGAUAUUCGCAUGUACGUGACAAAUUUUCCGAGUUUAAACGAUCUUGACAAGUUGCUAUUGGUUGAGGUUAGACUAUUUCACAGAACAAAAACAUAAUUUAUGAUAGUAAAAAAUCAAAUUUAUUGUCAAUAAUUAAAAUGCAGAAAUUACAAAAAUAAUGUGAAGAAUAAUUAGUAAAUGUAAAUCUGCAAUCCGGUGUCAAAGUGAAUCUUAAAAUUUCAGACAAGGAGCGGGAUUGGAUGAACCAUGAGCCGGCGAAGAAAAAAAGUAAAAAGAAAAAGGGAAAAAAGAAGAAAAAAAAAUCAAUGAAAGAGCAAGAAAAAUCACGCGCUGCUGCAACUGCAGAAACAGAAAAGCAAAAGAAUGUGCUGAUCAAGGACAUGCUCGAAGAGAUACGGGUCGAGAAAUUCAAAACGGAGACAGAGGCCUUGAUUGAUGAAGAUGAAGCGAAGAAACGAAAAGUUCAGUUGGAAAAAACCUGGCAUGUGAUAACUAAAAAUGAAAAGGCGUUUAUGGAUGAUGCUCUGCUUAAUAAACAAGAAGACGAGUGGAUUCAAUAUAUGACUUGUGAUGGUCUACCAAAUCCUGGGAUUUUGUCGGAGCUGAAUACGUUUUUAUUUCUCUGGGAUUUGCAGGACGAAGAAGCUUUAAUGAUAAAUAUCACCGACAAAUGCCAAGUUGUGAUUUAUCUAUUGCUGAAACUAGACAACAUCAUUGAUUUAAGUCUGAUGGAAUCCCCUGAGUACAUUGAGGAUUGCAAGAAAGUAAGAAAGAUUUUUCGCGAGAAGCUUAAGUAUUGGAUCGACGUGGCUACUUAUCGGCUGCUCCGCCAAAUCGAAAGAGACAUGGUCAGGGAGAAUUUGAGAAAUGCAAGAUUUGUUAAAGAAGCCAACGAGAUGAUUUGCUGCAUUUGGGCUUUGAUAAGAUUGCCGAUCAGUAUUAAACAAUUUUCGGAACGUGAUAGCAGGAAACCAAUAGAAAUAAUAUUUAAAGAAUUAGAUUUGAGUGUUAAAAUGCCACUUGACCUUGACUGUUACGCGAUGUCAAUACGAGGCCUUUGGAUUCAAUAUGACCAUUAUUCAGAUCAAGGUUCAUCAUUUUUGAUGCCUGAUAUACCACAAGAAUACCGUAUGAAUGAAGAUUUGUUGACCUUCUGUCAGAACGAGUAUGAUACAAAAGUUAAAACUCGUGAGGAGCAGGUUGAGGGUCGAAGAUUAAGGCUCGAGGAAAAAAAGUUAAUGGUCGAGCGUCUUUCGAAUCCGUCACAAUUCACGGCCGCUAAAACGGAAAAAAAAGGAAAACAAGCUAAAAAAGCAUCGCCGCAAGCUGGACGGGCUAAAAAAACAGAACCCGAACCUGAACCUGAACCUCUGCCUUACCUGCCUACGCCGGAAGAAAUUAUUCUGCAGAAAGAAGAGGAAAAUAGGAAGGAAUUAAGAAAAUUAUUAUUUACUCGGUGCGAAAAAACGGAAAUAAAUUUACGCAAGUACAGAAUACUUGGUGGAGUUCAUCACAUUGAUUUGAUUUAUCAACCACCUCAGCCUAAAGAUAUGAGAGGAGAUAUAUUUUUAACAACAAUUCAGCUUCCAAAGGAACUGAGAUAUGUACCUUUUUUGCGGCCAUACAAAGCACCGCCGCCUGCGCCAGACGCAGAAAGAACUCCAGAAGUGAUUGAAGCUGAGAUGAAAGCCCUCGAAGCUGCGAUGGAAGCUUUAGUGCUCGUCACUUUCAAGCUUCCUGAGUCAGUUCUAUGGUUUGAACCGCCAUUAGUCGCUCACUGGAUCGCUGAUAAAAAAAUUUGGUCAACCCAAGACGUUCAUGACAUAAAGUACAAUGAAGAAAAACAAAUAAUCACAUUUAGAACCGGCCGAUUGGGUAUUCAUGGUCUUGCAGCAUUCAAGUUUAUAAAUUUGCCCUUCCAAAGUUGGGAGUUGAAACCAGAAGCUGGCAAAACUGGUGGUGUAACACUUAGUAUUUCUGCUGCUAUUGUUCAAGUUGAAUUUGUUGUAAGGGAAAAUUCAGUAGCUUUAAAUUCUUUAAUUGGCGGAACAACUACAGCUCUUCAAUACCUUCUUGGAAAUUACAUGAAUUUAAAUUUACUAAUUCGAGAAAUGCGAGCUGCUGGCUGUGACUUGUUCCCCGAAAGAGACGCCUUUAGUUACAUAAAAGGUCUUCCAUUGAAGCACCCGAUCGCCGAAAAGCAUCUUCAAGCUUGUAUGGGAUUACUCAGCACCGCGUACAUAUUCUCCUGGUCAAGAUGGAACUCGACAGUGUCAGCUCGUCAAAUAAUAAUGCAAAUAAAAGAGUUACACGGGUGUGUUGCCAAAGAACAAACAAAUAAGAUGAUGAUGGUAACUCCGCUUCGGACAAAUCUUAUUGAUUGCACUGAAGUUGGCUCUGAGUUUAGCGACAAACCCAUGCCUGGGGAAGAAACUAAGUUCUUCGCAGAUGUUUAUCAUCUUGCCUUACAUACUGCUGGAAUAAAAAGCCGACUGCUGAUGAAGAAGGUAUCUUUCAAGCUAGCAACGACGGUUACUAAAUUACUGGUAGCUACUAAUGUAAUAAGUAUGUCUUCGUGAUAUGUGAUAUAUGCAUAUGAUUUUAAUUUUGCAGAUAUUUAUUUUAUAAAUAAUAUAUUUAUUUUAUGAAGAAAUUUUUUUAUUAAAUGUUAUACAUAUUGAAUAAAAAUAUAUGCAAGUCACUCAACAGUCAGUGCUGUAAAUUAUUGAUUAUGAGUUACCAUAUAUAUAAAUGUAUGUCGGAGAGUAAAGUACAGUGGAGUAUUUCUCUGGCAAUCUGAUGGGAAUAUUCUUUAGAAUAGUAAUAUUUUUUUAAUCCUCAAUAAUUAAAGAAUGUACCCUUAUUUCGAGUAUGGUUGUAAAAAUAAGUUUAACUAAAUUGUUUUAUUGCGGUAGGCUUAGACCUAGGUCGACACAUGGUUGUCAACGUAGUCGUGGCCACAGGACGAUAGGGGUAUCAUAAAUUACCAAGGGAAAAGGAAAUAUGCAGUGUCAUAUUUUUUGAGAAUCUUUGAGAAGAUUUAUCGUAUUUUGUGUAUUGUUGUGUUAGUGAUAAGUGAUAAUUAAUGAUUGUGUUUAUUCCUGCAAUACGAAUUUAUUUUACUCAUUUUUAUUAAUUGACAUAUUGUAACUCCGCAUAUUAAUUUGAUUGUAAUAACAAAAAUGAACGUACACGAUAAUUCUGAUACUCCAACAAUUAUUCCUGACUUACCGACAUG